AUGCGGAUCUCCGCUCCGUUCCCCGCGCGCCUCAACGUGUUCCGCCUGUCGGUAGCUCUCAUCGCAGCCACAUGCCUCGUCGCCCUCCCAGCGCGCGCGCAGACGUUCCGCGUGAGCUCCAAUCCCGCGCUGGCGGAGCUGAAGCUGGCGCACCUCAACCGCUUCUUCCGCAGCCUCACCGUGGCUUAUAACGAGUCGGAGGAGUGGUGGGAGCCUGAGCUUUCCAUCGACUGGCGAUGGGACGACCGUCUGAAACCCGUGCUGGGGCUGCGCACAGAGGGGGCUUGCA